AUGCCUCGCAAGAUCUUCGUCUUCGGCGGCUCCUCGGUUGCUCGUGCUCUGACUGAGCAGCCCGACAAGUGGGAGGUGUACGGCCUCACCCGCAACCCCGACAGCGAUGCUGCCAAGGCCAUCGCUGCCCUCGGCGUCAAGCUCGUCAAGGGUGACCUGGACGACCCCAAGUCGUACGCCGAGGGUCUGAAGGGUUCCUACGGCGCCUUCAUCGUUGCGAACUUCUGGCUCUCGUACACGCCCAACGGAGACGGCAACGCUGCCGCCGAGAUCGAGUACGUGCACACCAUCGGCGCGGUUGACGCCUGCGUCGCGGCCGGCGUCAAGCACGUUAUCUACUCUACGCUCGAGAGCUUCAAGCCCCGCGUCGCCAUCCCUCACUACGACGGCAAGGCCCGCGUCACGGCGUACAUGAGGGAGCACGGGGUGCCGUCGACGCAGCUCUUCACGUCCUACUUCUUCGAGAACCUCCUCUCGACCCCCUGGAAGGAGGAGGGCGGCAGGAAGAUCCUCCAGAUCCCCAUGACCGAUGACACGCCCUUCCCCGGUUUCAGCGCGGCUGAGACGGGUCUGUGGGUGCGCGCCGCGUUUGAGGAUGAGAGCUGGAUCGGCAAGGACAUGGACACGAGUACCGAGGACUUAACGCCUGGCAAGAUUGCCCAGGCGCUGGCCGAGGUCUCGGGGCAGAAGUGGGAGACGCAGCACCUCAGCGACGAGACCUUCCUCGCGCUCGAGCAGCAGAUCGACUAUGAGUGGUGGAUCAACUUCUACGCGCUCUUCAAGGGCGAGAUGAAGCGCGAUACGCCCGCCAGCCGCAAGAUCGCCCCCUCCGCCAUGGACCUGAAGCAGUGGCUGCAGACGCCUGAGGCGAAGGCGUACUUCAAGUACUAA